AUGGGCAUUCACAGAGAUUCAGUCCAUACUGACCAUUUCAAUAUUUCAACACUUCCCACGCACAUAGGAUGUAUAUCAUUGUGUUCCUCCACGCCAGAUUGUAACUUUGUUACGUACGCAUACGACACAUCUACAUGCAGGCGUCAUAAGCAACUUCAAGGCAAACAAGUGCAAACAAGCAACAGAGUCUGGAAAAGGGAAGCAGAUUGUCAGUCACCAUUCUCAUAUAAUACAGAAAUUGGAUUGUGUGUCUUAUUCUCAGAAGUUAAGAGGAAUUGGACUGACGCUAAAGCUAACUGUGAAUCACGAGACAGUCGUCUAAUUGUCGCGGACACUGACACUAAAUUCCAUGGAGUACAAAGUUCAUAUAAAGAUUACUGGCUUAUUUGGAUCGGAGGAUUCCCGCGGACCUCGGAUGGUGAAUGGGUUUGGUUAACAGAACAACUAGUUAACAUGUCAAAGUUUCAUGUUGGUCAACCGAGUGGAGGCAAGGGUCGCUUGGCCUUCUGGAAAGAUGGAGGAGUCCUUCUUCUGGAUGAUACGUUUCCGCACGAACGACAUCACUACAUAUGUGAACUAGUAUAG